AUGGUAGAGGAUUUCACAAAGAGGGAUCUCACCUGUGAGAGUGAUGUGCUUCGCGCAUUCGCAGGCGUUCUACACACGGGUUGGGGACAAGAGUGUUAUUAUGGACUACCCCUGAGAAUCUUCGGUAAUGCAAUUCUCUGGACGGCAGUGAACAAAAUUCAUCCCAGAAGGCAUGCAGCACCUGGUGAUGUGUUUCCCACCUGGUCGUGGUCUUCAAUUAAAGGACCCAUCGAGAUGUGUAAAGAAUUCCGGGUAUCCCUAGCAAUUUGGGCAAUCCCCUCUAGGUCGAGUCAUCAACUAGAUCUGCAAUUCAUCACAUAUAGUGUAUGGGACGCAGGUGAACUCGAGGAACCAAAGAAACUGGAGUCCGAGAACGAGGUUGACGAAGAGGAGAAAGUGUUAUGCUCAAUUGAAAUAAGACGAAGACUUGCUGUGAUGAUGGCCUGGAAGUGUGGAUGUUUCUCGGGGUCUUUGCCGAGUAUACUCAACAAUAGAGCCAUAUUGGAAGAUUACGAAAGUAUUCUUGGCAAAUGGAGAUCGCUUGCACAGCUUUAUGAAGAGGCUCAUGGAUUGUUAGGGGGUAACAUGCGUGAACAAGAUAUGAACGUGCGGUUUCCUUCAUAUAUGCGUCAAGGAUGUUCUUCUGGAUCCAUCUUGGUAUAUACGCAAUCACUGAAUGUCAACCACCUGAAUAUGGUUAAGAGAUAUUCGGGUAUUGUCGGCUGGGAGGCUCAGGAGGUGUUCGUUAUUGAAGUCGGCGAUUUCGUGGCCGAAAUAAUCGUUGGCUCACUCAACAUGGAACGAAUCAACCUUGUUCAACAAACAAACCCCAGUUCUCACUUUACCUUUCUCGCUCUCUCUGUCAAACCCAAUUGUUGUGCCAUGCCUUUGUGUAUCCAUGCGAUACCGCCAGAGCACGUUACGUGGGAUGAUUCUGCGUAUUCAAGUACGAUUCACAAUAUUUUCAAACCCCCCGUAGUUGAACUCAUGCUCGUGGAGACGGAAAACGGCGUUAGUCGGCGUGUUGGGCUGGCAUGGACCUAUCUAAAGCGUUGGAUAGAUCAGAACCGUCAGUUCCGUACAUUUCACCUUGUGUAG